AGGCUGCGGCUUCCCUGAAUCAUUCUUGGAAAUUGUCCACCAUCUACCCUUACCAACGUCGAUGAAGGGCACGAAUCCAUUCCUCAAAACAUUCUCAGAGAAUACGGCGGUAUAAAGAAACAUUGCAGAAACCUGUUGACCUCAAAGUACCCCAAUGCGCAUCAACCUCCUUCUCGCCAAUAAUGGUUCUGUUGCAAGAGAUCACCUAGCCUCUGAGCGCACCUUUCUGGCCUAUGUACGGACGUCUCUCGUCGUCACUUCUGUGGGCGUCGCCAUCGUGCAGCUCUUUACUAUCUCAUCCAGCCGGCCUCUAUCCUCCGCUGCGAUGCAAAGAUAUGCUCGUCCUUUAGGAGCAACUGCCAUCUCCCUUUCGUUGGCGCUGAUGAUUAUUGGCGCGACGAGGUUCUUUUCAAUACAAAACGCUCUGACGAAGGGCAAGUACCCAGUCGCCCGCAUCUUCAUCGCCGCUAUUACAACCUGUAUGGUCGCACUUAUAGCAGUGAUCUUUGCGUUUGUCCUGGCUGAAAAGAGGUGAUACAUUGGGCAGGUUCCUCAUAUACUCGCUGAAGACGAUUCUGUCUGACAUGCCCCUUGUUAGACUUUCAUACGAACGGUUUUUGCCACUUAUUUAUGUAUUAUAAUGAUCAUUACUUGCUCUUACAUACAUUCUUCGCGUGCUUUAAUGUGUUACUGUAUAAGAACCGGGUGUACGGCAGGC